CAUCGUGUCACAAUUGCUGCGGCUGUAAACACGUAUCCACACCCGUUGACCUGCUAUCGCUCCCUAAGCCGCUAACCCCACACUUGCUUGCGGACCCUUGGUGAUAUAAUCGUACAUCACCCACAACAACCACUCCACCCAGGCAGCACUCCUUCACCACACAUCGCCACAAUGCGCUUCUCGUCGAGUCUCCUCCUGGCCCUCCCAGCGAUCGCCGUCGCUGAGGAGCAGAUUCCUCUUCUCGACAAGGUUAAGGGAUUCUUCAACAAGGCCACCGCUGCCGUGUCCUCGUCUAUUCCGGCUGUUCCCUCGAACCCCAUCGAUGCCGCGACCAACAAGGCUGCAUCAGCAGCUGCAUCCGCCAUUCAGCAUCCCAUCACACUGGAGAACUGGAAGGAGGUGUUGACAGUCGACCCCACUGCCAGCCCGCCCACCACCCAGGAUUGGCUGAUCUUUGUCACUGGCGGCAACUCGACAUGCUUUGGCAUGUGCGCCAACGCGACCAAGGCCUGGAACACAUCUCUUCCCGUCCUGGCGGCCAAGUCGAACGCGCCCAAGUUUGCCUACCUCGACUGCGAGAAGGAGAACAUUCUCUGCAACUCGUGGUCCGUCGGCGCGCCUUCGAUUUACUACUUCUCCAUCCCCAAGCCUCUGGCUGACCAGUCGGCGCCUGUCCCGACCGUGCGAUACCAGCCCCUGAACCGCACCAGCACCACCGCGCAGACAUUGAAGGAGUUGAUUGUCGACAACGAGAUUGAGAAGGUCGUUCCCUACGAGGGUAUCUUCCACCCGUUCAACGGCGAGCUGCAGAAGUUCAACUUGGCUAUCCCCUACGGCUACGUGACCUGGGGCUUCUCCAAGAUGCCAUCAUGGCUGCCGAUGAUCGUGGUUUCGUUCCUUAGCAGGUCCUUUAUGGGCAAGCGCAUGAACCCAGGCACUCCUGGACCAGCACAGGCUGCCGCUCCCGCCCGAUAAACACAUCAGCUGUUUCGGCGUACGUAAAUUUUGGCCUAGGCCUGCGCUGCUUUAGGAUGGGCUCAACGCGUGUUCAUAUGAAGAAUCUAGGGUAGAUAUAUACCAGGUUGUAAUUAUCUGUCUUCGGAAAACUCACGGCCAUGUAUGUGGGUAAUCUGGUGAGACGAGAUUUGGGGGGGAGAGUGAAUAUCUCAAUCACGUACAGAGUAUGGCGUUAUAUGAAAAUGUAAUUGCUUCUCU